AUGCAUAUCCCGUCUUUCAGCCAAACUGCCACGAUUGGCAUGGCUUUCUAUGCCAUCGCUGCUGUAGCUGCACCAGUAGCUCAGCCAAUCGCCGAGCCUAGGUUCGAGACAGGUGACCUUAUCGAAACCCUACGCGACGCCAUCCGAGACGAGGCCGGUCUUCCCGGUGAAGAUAAGAACAAGGAGGGUGGAGUUGAUAUUCUAAACAAUAAGGGCGGCGGUGGUGGCUACGGAGGAUACGGCGGCGGAAAGGGUGGAGGAUACGGUGGCGGCGGGUACGGUGGAGGUGGGUAUGGUCACGGGGGCGGCGGCUACGGGGGCGGUGGCUACGGCAACGGCGGGUACGGCAACUGCAAGGGUGGAUACAAAUGCGGCGGAGGGUACGGUGGUGGAGGGUACGGCGGCGGCGGGUACGGCGGUGGAAAGGGAGGCGGAUACGGUGGUGGCUAUGGCGGCCACGGUCACUAA